GAAACAAAAACAAACAAAAAACACCCCGAAAAAGUAUUAAAUUCGAAGAUUUCCUUGAAUUAUGAGCUUAAAUCUCAAUAGACCGAGGAAUAACUUGCUCGAUAAGCCUCUGAGCAAGGGCAAAAAUGAAGUUUCCUUGAGUGUGUUUGCUUUGUUGUUUUCCGAGAUGGUCCAAUAUAGUCAGAGCAAGUCCAAUUCCAUCACAGAAUUGCAUGAAAUCCUUCAUGAGAUGGGAUAUGAUGUUGGAACGAGAGUCACAGACCUUUAUAUUGUCAGAGACAAGAACUCCAAACGAGAAACAAGAUUAAUUAAUAUUUUGUUGUUCAUUAAGGGAACGAUUUGGAAGAAUCUCUUUGGAAAAGAAGCCGACAAACUCGAACAUGCGAACGACGACGAGCGCAUUUAUUACAUUAUCGAAAAGGAGCCUUUAGUGAAUAAAUUCAUCUCGGUACCAAAAGACAAGAAUUCCAUCAAUUGCGCCCAAUUCAUCGCCGGCAUUGUUCAAGCAAUUUUACAUUUUUCCGGAUUUCCCUGCCAAGUUGGGGCUCAUCAUCACAAAGGAACAACUUACAGAAUAAUUUUCGAAGAUGCCGUCAUUGCUCGCGACAAACAGUUAGAGGAAAAGUAAAUUUUUCGGAUGUUAAUUAUAUAUUUAAUAAACCAUUCUACAAUCAAAAAUUGAUCA